CACCACCUAGCCGCACGUCAAAGCAUAUAUCUCAGUCAAGAUGCCGCCAAAGAAGAAGGUCGAGCGCAAGGCCGAGGAGAACAUCCAGCUCGGUCCCCAAGUCCGCGAGGGCGAGCUAGUCUUCGGCGUCGCACGCAUUUUCGCCUCGUUCAACGAUACCUUCGUCCACAUCACCGAUCUUUCGGGGAGAGAGACCAUCAGCCGAGUCACGGGCGGAAUGAAGGUCAAGGCCGAUCGUGAUGAGUCUUCUCCGUACGCCGCCAUGUUGGCAGCCCAGGACGUCGCGGCUAGGUGCAAAGAGUUAGGCAUCACCGCCCUACACGUCAAGAUCCGAGCCACCGGCGGAAACGGCACCAAGACGCCCGGCCCCGGCGCUCAGUCGGCUCUGAGGGCUCUUGCUCGUGCGGGAAUGCGUAUUGGACGCAUCGAGGACGUCACCCCGACACCAUCUGACAGCACACGCCGUAAGGGAGGUCGCCGUGGUCGCCGUCUCUGAGCAUAUGCGCUAUUUCUUUGGGGGUUUGUGGAGCAUGGCAUGGCCUGUCUCAUGGGCCUCGUGAUGAGAAUCAAAAUUACGCGGGGAACGGUUACGACCUGGUCUCCAUGUUGAGCUUGGCUUAUCGAACGAUAACGUCGAGGUAAUGCAACAGAAUGUUCUCAGUCUGAAUCGAUGCCCUUGCCUUGCACUGGAAUGCGUCCGUCCAACAAUGUGACUAUGCUUUUAUACACUACAAUAUCUAUGUCGGUGUC